CAGGCCGUCCUUGGGGCUGUGACUGCCAUGAUGGAUCUCCUCCUGCAAGAGGAGCUGCGCCAAGAGCACAUCUGGGAGCAGCUCCUCUGGCUUGUGCACCAGUGUCAGGAGGUCCAGGACUCCUCCAGGGUGACCAAGAGCCUCGAUAUCUUGGAGGUAGUUCAGUCUAUCGUCCCCAAGGACACGUUUCUGGCCACCACCAGUGCCAUGUUCUACCAGCUCUCUGAUGACACCAAACAGCACAGCGAGGCUGAUAGCACAAAGAUGACCCACUGCAUCCUGCUGCAGGCCCGCAUCUGCCCAGAGGAAAUGGUCCUGUUUCUGCAGUCGCAGCUGGGCGAUGAGAGGGAGGCCAGAUGCGUGGCAGCCCUGGGUCUGCUUGGUGCUCUGGCUCGCUCGCACGAGCUGGUGAUGACAGAGAAGCUGCCCCAGGUCGUGGAGGCCGUGCAGUGCCUGUGCGGGGACCCCAGGACCCGGGUGAGGAGGGCCAUCCUGCAUUUCAUCAAGGACCUGCUCAGUGCUGAUGCCCGGAGCUGCUCAGCCUGGGAUGUGGUGGGGCACAUCUUCAGGGAGUUCAGCCGCAGCGCGGGAAGAAUGGUAAGGACAGUGGGCAGCAGCUUCCUUUGGGAGACCCGUGCUGCUCAGAGGCCGGCACAGAAGCACCGGUGGGGCCACACCUGAGCCUCCGGAGAGGCUCCUGAGAACUGAGAGUAACCGGCGU